AUUUGAUAAACGGGGCGGUGUUCGAUGAGGAUCACGAUGACAUGGUGAUCGUAAAAGACAUUGAAAUAUUUUCAUUGUGCGAGCACCACUUGGUCCCUUUCACUGGCAAAGCGCACAUUGGUUACAUUCCCAACAAAAAAGUCCUUGGUCUCAGUAAGAUUGCGCGAAUCGUUGAGAUGUUCAGCAGGCGCUUACAAGUGCAGGAACGUUUGACAAAACAAAUAGCAGCAGCGCUGACAAAAGCAAUCCAGCCAUUCGGCGUCGGCGUUGUCAUCGAAGCAAGUCACAUGUGCAUGGUGAUGCGAGGUGUCCAGAAAAUUAAUGCUAUAACGACGACAAGCUGCAUGAUGGGCGUUUUCCGAGAAGAUGCCAAGACACGGGAUGAAUUUCUAAAUUUAAUUAAGAGAUAACG